AUGCGGCCGACCCCUUCUUGCAGUUGGGUCGGGGCGCCUACCACGACCGCUGGCGCUGGCCCUCGCCCCGGAUAUUCUGACGAGGUUGCCUUGUCUCACAGGUUCCCAGUGCCCACGGAAUCAGCUUCACCGUAUCUCACGGUGCCUCCCGAUGUUGAUGCUCCAAAUGCAUGCGGUUCUGCGACUGAGUCGUGGUCUCGUGAGUCAAGACGGUUAUCGUGCAAUCAUGUGGUCCCCUCAGUCACGCCGUUCCCGUCAACAGCGCAGGCACCCGCCAGCGUUCCUCUUCUCUCUCUGCCCCACAUCACUGUGAACGUCUGCUCUCACGGGCUCCCCACUGCGAUCACUCGAACCGGCCCAUCGACUAUUUCGCUGGGCGUGGGUGGAGGAGCUGAGGCAACGGGAGUUUUUGCGUCUGCAAGAAACACACUUUCGUCGCCACUCGUGUCGGUGUCCAUUGUUGGAAUGCCCGCGACGAACACAGGCUCGGACAUGACCUCGCACAUUCUCCCUAGCGAGCCGCUUCCAACCGUCGGGCACCAGGAAAGAAGCCAGAGAGGAAGAAGCGUAACUCCUCGUUCGCAUAGAACACUGCGCCACCGCGAAACGCCACAAACGACUCACGGCCACAACCAUGCAUAUACCUCUGCUCCCCCUCUUUUGCAAUCCUUUUCACUGGCCCACCAACGUUGGCCGGCCUCGUCUGGUGUCAGUACACACUCGUGGCCUUUCGUUCCGCUAAAUGGCUCAGAGGGCGGCGCUGCUCUGGAGAAUUCAAAUCUAGUUCGUGAAGCCUGCGACCUCGCUCCACCGACGCGCUGCGACGGACAGCGCCUGGUGCAUCCUGGAUUCCACACAGCCUCCACAAGUACUGCGUCGCCCUCUGACUUGUCCAGCGUCUGGGCAUGCGGCCAGUGUCAGGUGUCUCGUCUGCCGUCGAGACACAAGUCGAGGCGUGGGUUGUCGGCUUCCGGUUCGCCCCGUGUGCUGUGGAGGGCAGUGUCCGCCCCAGCAGGCGGCCGUCGGCAACCAAGAAACGGGUUGCCCGCGGCUCAACAGCAAGAGCAGUGCUCUGAAGGUUUCUUGGACUGGGCAAAUCGAGACGAUUUCACCAUGAAGUUUGUAGAGCCCUCUUGCGAGCAUCACGCCCGUCGUGGAACGACGCACAGAAGGGACAGCAGCGGGCCUUCUGGGAGUGAUCAACGUGCGGCUGUCUCAGUGCAGGGGACGGUGCAUCCCGAUCUUCGGCUGGGUAGUCGGCCUUCCUUCUGUUCGCAUGCGCCAGAGUGCGUCGCUCGUGGUUUCGGUCUUCGUGGGAGAUGUUCAAGGCCUGAAGCUCCCAUCUGCAACCACACAUCACCGAGUGUGUUUCUUCCGUCCUCGACGUCCAGUGGUUAUCCUGUGCGCGGGUCUUACCCCGGAGAUGGAGCUCCUCAUGGAGACAGCUCGGCAUUUCCUUCUUCCCAUCGCCGUGGCACGCGUGCUGCAAUUCCCCGUCGCCACUCCCAGGGCCAGAUACGAACUUCCUUCACGCCCUGUAGAUGUACACGGAGAGCAGCUUCAGCCUGCUUGCCACAAAGUGAGAACGCAGUCCAGCUGCUUGGAAGUGCCCGCGCUAACGACAACAGUGGGUUCCCCUCUGGUGGCGUUCAUCCAAGUCUGCAUGGAUACACUGUGGAAAAGGCGCCGACGCGACAAGUUCAGACAGCAGCAAGAAGUUCACAUUCGUAUCCACUGCACGUCGCGCCGGAGACCCAGCUCCCUUUACACCCAUCGUUGUCAGACGGUUCCGGGUUCUGCACCACUCCAUUCCUUGGAAGUCCUGGUGCCGUAGGUGAGGGACACUCUACCUUGGAGGAGGAAAUCACACUAACUCCCGCUGGAUGCAGCACUGCAUGCAACUCUGCCCUCCAUACCGAUGUUCCGGAAACUGGGGACACUCACGGAAAUGCCCACGUCAGCCUUUGCUACUCAGAUAACUUGCCGUCAGACGACACACACGCAAACCGCGUCCAGGUUACAGCA